AUGCCUAACACCAGGUUUGAAGGUACGCAUGGCUACGUGAUAUAAGAUUUGCUGUUUGACAUCAUUUUUAUCAUGUUCCCUACUCUUAUGACUCACCGUGGAACUCUUUACAAAUGCCCUAUAUUCUGAAAAAUCAUGUGGAUUCCUCUCUACGCUUUUUUGCAAUUUGAUGCACUGUUUGACUUCCACAACGUACUGCUAUCCUACUACAUAGUUUCGCAGGAGAUGCCUCUCGUUUUCAGUGCCAGUAGUGUGUGUACUUAGGUUUGCUUGAUAUCCCGCGGUUGAAUACGUAUGCAGCUCACUAAGAAUGCAGCAGACCAGACGUAGACAGGUGUUUUACGGUCUUCAUUAAUCAUCAGAACAUCAUAGGCCUCAUGAAGUGAGGCAUAUAGACAUAUCAAGUUAGCGUGGGACCCUCACUGCUAUGGUAAGGAGCUUACUCGCCAUUUGAUUUCACUUUCUGGAUUCAUGUCAAGCGUAUUUUACAGCACCCCAAACCAAGUCGUUCGGAACGAAUGGGUCAGAAUCUUGAGGUUCAGAUUUAGAGAAAAAGAAUGUCAACAUUUAAAUACAGAAAUGAAUUGUGAAAACAAUGCCAAAUAAGCCUACGGCGGCGACGUGGGCAAUAGGACUUCGUUCUCACGAUUACUGUGUAGUGUGACUGAGCGUAAUGGGUGGUAGGCUCGAAAGAAUUUAACUAAGAUGAGGACGAACGAGGGAAGACACAAUGAUGUCCACGACGACGGCGAUCCUGACGAUGAAUCCGUACACGGUCUUUGUGCCAGUCAAAAGAUUAAGAUGACAGGCUUAAAGUUUCAGUCAGUAUGGAUGGAAAGGAUAGUGACAAGUAGAGGUGUCAUAGCCGGAGCACGAAUAUACAUCUUACCUCGGUUGGUCCGGGUACGUCCAUUUCCAUAGCUUUGGUUUCCUCGCUGCAGACACAGGCAAUCCGUUUUAGUGUGUCCUCUUCCCUUCGGCAAAUGAAUCGAGUUUUGAGAAUUUCUAAAGCGCUCUCUGCUGGUAUCCGGAUGACUUCUAUACAUUCUUUUAGGAAUCUUGCAGCAGAGCUUUAUAUCCAAAGUUAGUGUUUCGUCUCCACGGUUCUUUAGUGGUACUGCCGCAAACUGUACGUGCGAUUUAUAUUUUAUUUUAAGCUGUCGUUACCGACCCUAAAGUAGAAAAGUUAUCAAAAUUUGGGCUAUAUGUCGCAGAGUGCCUUCCGAAAUAUGUCCAGAAGGUCGAGAUUGGUCAUGUAAAGGAACUGGACAUUCUUAUUCAUCCUGACGGAAUUAUCCCUGUUAUUUCUUUCUUACGAAACCAUCAAAACGCACAGUUUGCGUCACUUGUGGAUAUUACGGCCAUUGACGUGCCAUCCCGAACCUUCCGUUUUGAGGUAUGCUAGUGUCGCCUCUAACAUUUCAGGUUAUUUAUAACCUGCUGUCCUUGCGUUACAACUCCAGAGCGCGCGUCCGGACAUACACAGACGAACUCACACCAAUAAGUUCUAUCUGCGGCCUCUACCAAGCUGCCAAUUGGUUUGAGCGAGAAGUAUGGGAUAUGUAUGGUGUGUUUUUCUCUGAUCACCCAGAUCUGCGCCGGAUUUUGACUGAUUAUGGAUUCCAAGGCCACCCUCAACGUAAGGAUUUUCCCCUUUCUGGAUUCACUGAAGUAAGUUCCUGACCGCGUCUUCAGCAAUUUCCUACGUCGUUCUCAGCUAAACCUACUUUUUACGAACAAAUUUCAGUAUUUUCCAUUACACCACAAGCCUGCACAUCGUUUUCGCUGGGAGAGUUUCGUUCUCGGUGAUUGCUUUUUACUCAAAUGUUCCAUCAAUGAGUUUACCCCGAGGUUUUGGCACUCGACAUUUGGGGAAGGGGAGACAGCGAAGGAGAGAUAGCGACUGGUCAACCAUCAUAUGCGAGACGGCAUUCCACGUGCUCACGCUAGCUGUUGCUUAUAGUUAAGUUCCCAACCGUGCAGCUCGCAAACCGAUUUGCUUUCGCAGAGAAUCUACCAUUGACUCAAUAUAUGGUUUGGGUUGAUCGUCCAGUAGACGGCUCAAUUACUCAGCAACCACAUAGCCACGUCCUUUGUUUGAUCUGACGAUAGAUCCGAACCCUUUUCCCGGACGCCGGGCGAAUAACAUUCUUGUCGCAGUGGUCAAAUCUCAAUGGCACUCUGGAAAUCGCCUUUUCGCAUGUAUCAGCGUCUCCAACGUUGCCAACUCUCAAAGCCUGCUUAAUGGAAGUCGCUUCGUCUGCCGACUUUUCCGUAUUUACGAAUUUGGUGGGGCUCAUAAUGGCACGGUCUUGCCCGAUCUGCUUGUACAGACAACUUUGGCGUUGCUGAACAGAUCCAGUAAUUUCGAAACUACUAAAUGAAUUUCGGUUAUUCGGCUGCCCCUUGAACUACAGGUUUAUCUUUUGACUAUGUGUUGCUUCCCUCCCUGUUUUAUUUAUCAAACGAGACCGGAUUUUCAUCUUCAGGACCUCGUUGAAGUUGGGCUGUCAUAACCUCCGACUUCUUGAAGUCAAUCUGUAGACCGUUUAGGCUCGGUUGAGACACAUGCCAACCUAAAAUCUUGCGCGAACGAGGACCAGGGCGUUAUUGAUCUUGACGCCACACACCCAUCAGCUAUCAUGUGGUCUGUUACGAAAAUUUGAGCCUCAUAAUGUUUAGUUACUCGGGCUAGCAACAAAGCCGUCGUUUAUGUGCCAGACCAGCAGAUGUCUGCGUCAGUACCUGAAGUGCGUUAUCUUGGCCAACUGCCAGUUUUAACUCGAUAAGGUUGUUAAGGUUGAUAAGAUUAGUGUGUCGCAUCGGGCGACCGAAACUAAGCGGCGAACUAAAGGUUGUUCAAGGACCACCUAAUCCACUUUUCCCUCUUCGGUUUUAUAGCAACAAAUACAACACUGCGAUGCAGAUUAUCAACCCUUCUGCACAGCCGAUAAUCAAGUAUGUCCGCAUUGCUGAUUUGGGCAUGCAGACAGAAGUGGCGCAAGCCUUAAGGUGUCAGUCGGACACACGCCAGCAGGUCAUUAACUCCUGUGUAACCGCGGCUCUGCGCGCUCACUACAAAGAGUUUACUGGAAACGUUGCAGUGGCUGGUGACAUAUAGGAAAAAUCAGGGGUUCACCCAAGCAUUUUGCCUUUUAAAGGAACUGUUCUGUGAUUCGUGUUUCAGACAUGCAGCAGGCUUUCAAAUUGCUUUAGGAAGUCGCGCAUUGUCGAGUUCAUGGAGCGGCGACAGAGCUAGCGCCCGAAUCACCUCACUCGUCUUUUUCAGAUGAUCUGAGAUGUCCACCCGAUGUUGCAGCAGGCUCAGGCUUUCUCACUCAGGCUGAAGUGUGUGUACCUUACUCUAAAGAUGGAUCUCAAGCAACUGCCAAUAGAAGCGGAGAGAGGAGUCCAAGGAAGCAGUCGUGAAUAAGGAAACCUGAUCACUGGACAAGAGUAUUAUUCGCCUGACAUUUCGGAUUCCUGCUCGGACCCAUCAUCAGAGAUAAGAGCAGAUAAAGGUGCUUUUGUCACUGAUGAUGGGUCCGAGCAGGAAUCCGAGACGUCAGGCGAAUAAAGCUCUUGUCUCAGCGAUCGUGUCUCCUUCUCAGACACGUCACCGGUUAACGCUCGCAUUUUCCGCACGCAUCCUGGCACCCACAACACAGGAGGAUCAAGUGAGCACGCGAAUCCUCGCGACGGGUCCGUAGAUGCUCUUUAGGGCUUCUAAAAUCCCCAUGUGCAGCAUCUAUUCGGACGGCGAAAUUAUUUUAACUUUGUUAGUUCGGUAGCAAAUUCGUCCUCAGACAGCCUUUUUCAAACCGAGAGCCACUACUACUGAUUAAUGCUUCCUGUUUAGGUGUGCAGCUCAAAAAUACAUGGGUCUUCGAAACGCUGAUGGAUAAACUAACUGACCUAAUAAUCAAAUUCUGUACGACAGAACAGUUUGAUACUAGCCGAGCACCAUUACCGCCCAUUGGGACUCACGACUAACGGGAUCGGGCACUUCAACUAAGCGGACAAAACAAAUGGUCGUUUAUUGCUGAUGGCCGCGACGGAGUUCAGUAACGCACAGCAGUGUUGUUCAUUUCUGUGAAGAAGGGUCGCACAACACUGCACAGGCCUCGGGGAUAUGAAACUGCCCGGGAGGGAGGAAGUGGUGGCACUCAUUGCAGAGGAGUCCGUCACUUUUGGCACAUAUAUUCAAUUCUCUUAGUAGGACACAACCUUCAUUUCGAAUGAGUUUGCUGUUUGUAUGAAGAGCGUAAAGUAAAAACCAUACAAGGAAACUCUGGAAUUCAAUAACAACUGGGCUAUUAAGCGCAUUGUUUAUUCUUUCCUACAGAUGCGGUACGACGAAGAACUGAAGCGAGUUGUAAUCGAGCCUGUUGAAUUGGCCCAAGAAUUCCGCAAAUUUGAGUUCAACAGCCCUUGGGAGUCAUUCCCCAAAUUCCGAGAUACUGAAAAAAACACUGCUAAACUCGCUGAUGCACAGGCAGCCCCCAUAAAAGAACUUCCAAACAAGUAA